UCACGUGACGGCGGGGGGGUGGGGUCACGUGAGGCCCGUUCGCUCCGUCGGCCGGCCGCCAUGUCGUCUUUCCCGGAGCUGUAUUUUAACGUGGAUAACGGGUACCUGGAAGGGCUGGUGCGAGGGUUUAAGGCCGGGGUGUUGCGGCAAGGCGACUACGUGAACCUGGUGCAGUGUGAGAGCUUGGAGGACUUGAAACUGCACCUCCAGAGCACAGACUAUGGGAACUUCCUGGCCAAUGAAGCCUCCCCACUCACUGUCUCCGUCAUAGACGACAAGUUGAAGGAGAAGAUGGUGGUGGAGUUUCGUCACAUGAGGAACCAUGCGUAUGAGCCCCUAGCAAGUUUUCUGGACUUCAUCACGUACAGUUACAUGAUUGACAACGUCAUUCUGCUGAUCACUGGGACCCUGCACCAACGUUCCAUCUCUGAACUGGUGCCCAAGUGUCAUCCUCUGGGAAGUUUUGAGCAGAUGGAAGCCGUGAACAUUGCUCAGACACCUGCGGAACUCUACAAUGCAAUCCUGGUGGACACCCCCCUGGCUGCUUUCUUCCAAGACUGCAUAUAUGAACAGGACCUGGAUGAAAUGAACAUCGAAAUCAUUCGAAACACACUGUAUAAGGCUUACCUGGAGUCCUUCUACAAAUUCUGCAAGGUGCUGGGAGGUACCACGGCAGAUGCCAUGUGCCCAAUCCUGGAGUUUGAAGCUGACCGGAGGGCCUUCAUUAUCACCAUUAACUCAUUUGGUACUGAGCUGUCCAAGGAGGACCGAGCAAAGCUGUUCCCGCACUGUGGCAAGCUCUACCCUGAGGGCCUGGCUCAGCUGGCCAGAGCAGAUGACUACGAACAAGUCAAAAAUGUUGCUGACUACUACCCUGAGUACAAGCUGCUAUUUGAAGGGGCUGGCAGCAACCCUGGAGACAAGACGCUUGAAGACAGGUUCUUUGAGCAUGAGGUGAAGCUGAACAAGCUGGCUUUCCUCAACCAAUUCCACUUUGGCGUCUUCUAUGCCUUCGUGAAGCUGAAGGAGCAGGAGUGCCGCAACAUUGUGUGGAUCGCAGAGUGCAUCGCCCAGCGGCACAGGACCAAGAUUGACAACUACAUUCCCAUCUUCUAACCCCUCUCUGUUCCUGUCUGACCCUCCCACCCCUGGAGUCUGGAGGGACCCCUGCCUAACUCCCUGAAUUAUCCCUUGCCCAGACUCCAGGGAUGUCCCAUCUGUGGAACUGGCUCAGAUGAGGAAACUGUACAGUCACUAGUUAAAUUAUUCAUGAGCUGAAGUUUGAGUUGUGUGUGCUGUGAGGCGUCUGGAGGGACCAGUGGCACAGGCUUGGCCCUGUGUAGCAGGAGGGACACCUCCUAUUGUGUAUCUGAUAGUCCCCGUGCUACUGUACUAAUACGCUGUAUGCGCUUGUGCUCGUAGAGCAAGCACCAGCCGGGGGGUUGCUGUCUCCAAGGGGUUCCCACUGCCGCAGAGGAACGCACCAGGUCUGCCAUGGCCGGGGCUCCUCUGCACCCCUCCUAGUCAGUGUUGUUCCUGUGAGGUUUAGUUUCAGUGUAAUUUGUAGCGUAGCCCAUGCUGCUGUGCAAUCCCUGCAUCCCCCUGUAGCUAACCCUGACCUGGGAGAGACUGAGCAGCCCUGGCCAAGGACUGGGACGGAGCCUGUGGGAAGGGGAGGUCAGACCCCGGAGCGCUGCCCCCCUCCCCCAGCAUUUGCACUAGUGGGGGCCUCGCCAUGUCCUCGGAAGCAGCUCUCAUCCGUCUCCCUCCUGGCCCUGCGGUUUGAAAGGGCUCCAUAAGCAGCCUGAGCUCCUUCCUCCCCUGAAACCCCAGGGCUUGGAGCUUACUGUCACUGUCGUGCAAGAGUGGGGGUUCCUUUUGGCUCUGGGGAUGGUGCUGGACCCCUGCACCGCCUGGGGGCAGACAUCCAGGCUGGUACAGCCUCCUCCCCUGCAUGGGGUAUCCAGGCUGGCGCUGCUGUGGAGCUGUAUGGGGCACAGCUGGGCAGGGCAGCCCUCUGGUCUGGCUCUGCUUGGUCACCCUGAUGAGUGUGGAGGGCAGCUGGUGGCAGAAAUGUCCCAUGCCCCUCUGUGGUUAGGGAGGGGGAGCCAAGCCCUGGGCAUGGCAUGGCAGCCCUGCUCCGUGCUGCUCUGUGUCCAGGCAAGCUCCCACUUGUGCUCGAGGUCUGGGAGGUGCCCCAUGGUGGUGUGGCACUGGAGAAACCUUGCUGGUGGGAAACAUGUGCUGGGAGGGAUGGAUGGAGAGCGGCUCCGUCCCAGUUUGUGCUGUGGUCACCUCUGCAGUGUUUGUUAACCCGUGCUCCCCUCCUCUCUACACCAAUAAAUAUCUGCCUCCUGCA